AUGGAUUAUAGAUAUGAGUCAUCUGACAACUCGAGUGGCAGGAACAAGUGUGCCGCGUGCUUUAGGCAGUUCAACAAAAUGGAACACCUGGUGGAUCACAUGAGGACGUCCUUCCACUCUGUGCAUGAAUCCAAGUGCGGGAUCUGUAGGAAGCACUGCAGAUCCUUUGAGUCCCUCAGGGAACAUCUUAUCGGACCAUUGCCUAAACAAGAAUGCAAGAACAUCUUCAAUAUCCGAGGAUGCAGAUAUUGUUUAACCAUUCUCGAAAGCUCAAAUGCCCGCAGGGUUCACCAAGAAAGAUGCCAAUUCUCUAAUGUUAAUGCGGGACUACUUGCUCGAAUGGCUACCCUGGGCAUACGAGAUAGCUUGAAUAUUGACAAUGGCUACUCCAGAGGAACACAAGUAGUUGCACUGGCCUGCAAGAUGGUUGGAGGAGGAAGUGAUGGCUCCCUCGACCUUUGCGGAAGGGUUUGCCUCAUUGAUGAAAAUGAGAAUAUUCUUUUCCACUCUUAUAUCAAACCAUUGAUUCCAGUCACGAAUUACAGGUAUGACACCACAGGGAUAAGGCCAGAAUACCUGAGGGACGCAAUGCCACUACGCCAAGCCCAAAAGAAGAUUCAAGAUUUCCUUUGUAAUGGAGAGCCCAUGUGGAAAGUCAAACCUAGAGGGGGAAGGGCUAGGAUUCUUGUCGGUCAUGGCUUGGACCACGACCUUGACCGUCUGCAAGUGGAAUAUCCAGCUGUGAUGAUCAGGGAUACAGCAAAGUACCCUCCAUUAAUGAAGACAAGCAAGCUCAGCAACUCACUUAAGUACCUAACACAAGCCUAUCUUGGGUAUGAUAUUCAAACCGGGAUCCAGGACCCAUUUGAAGAUUGUGUGGCAACAAUGAGACUGUAUACUCGAAUGAGAUCCCAGCGACAUGGGGCAGAAGAUUACUCACUUGCCUCAGACCCACAGAACCGAAACAACCUCGCCGCAUGGAGGCAAAGUGAGCUGGAGAGGAUGAGCCCAGAAGGUCUGCUGGCAUUAUCCAGAUCAGACUUCUACUGUUGGUGCUUGGAUUCCUGA